GUUUUCCGGCCGCCCCCCCCUCCGCCUAUGAAAACGGCGGCCCGGGCCGGGCUGUGCUUCUGCAUGCAAAGGAGGCGCGAGGCGCGGACGGGUCUCGCGCCGGUCGGCCCGCAAGGGCGCCGGCCCUUCGCCGGGACCUACAGUUCAACUGCGCCAGCAGUACCGACAAGGGGGGGGCGAGAGUGCUGCGGGUUGCCUUCACGGCUGCCUGUUGGCUUCUUGGGGUUACUUAUGUCGACCCUGAUGAGGGGCGGGCCCCCGCGCGUCCUUCCUGCGAUGUUUGCGCGCGUGCGAAAAACAAACCAAGGCAAGAAGCCAGGGCCUAUGUCUUCACCCACAUCGUGGUCGAGCCACAACAGGGGCCGGCGCUUGUGUCAUGGCGCGAGAUUCUGCCAGAGCUUAUCGGAAGCAAGGGCGCCAUCGCCUCCGCAGUUACGAGCGCGCAGGGGGUGGAGAUGAAGAAGCCUGCUCCGCAUUGUAGGCAUGCACUUUCCCAAGGCGCUGCCGUGGAUCAGGGGGGGACCGCCCUCCGCCAGCGCUGGCCCGGACAGACUAGCCUCCGCCGGCUUCGUUAUUACCCACCGCGCGGCGACCGACGGCCGGGGCAGCUGCUUCGGCGCCUCCCGGCCCCGGUUUCUUUAUUGUUUCCAACGCCCGCAGGCGCCCCACACCGAAGCCGCGGGGCAUUUGGGGGGCCGGUCCGCGCAGCGAGCCCGCCGGCCCGUGCGCAGGCCCCGCUUCGCGGAGUUUGCGUGAAGCCGCCCGGGGCGGGUCGCACGCGCGGCGUUUGUCGGGAAGCCCCUCGGCCCUGCCCGCCGCGCGCCUCCGCCCGCAGGGGCUUGACACACACAGGCGCCGGGCGCUCUUCGUUUCUUUGGGCAGCCCCGCCCGGGGCCAGAAGGCGGGCGGGGCGGUUUGUUAUGGCCGUGGCGCGGGCCCUGCGUGCCGGCCCGCCUGGCUGGCUGGCUUUCGUCUGUCGCGAGGGGAGGGGCGAACGAUGUGAAGAGCUAAAGGCCCUGGAGACGGGCUUCCGGAAUACGCGGCCACAUUUCAGGGAGAAGAGGAAGGCUCUGGAGAGAUAGGCAAGGCCUUGCCUCUGUGUGUGUGGUAUCUAUGCGCGAGGGUGUGGCGCCCGCCGACGUUUUUCCCUCAGGCAGACGCUCGCACUUCCGGGCGAUAAGCCUGGGCGUGGGGCAUGUGUGUGUCGCCAUUAUCGCGAGACUUUGCGCGGUGUUGCUGAGUUCCCCCGACUUGGCCCAUUGUUUGCCAAUCGGCUGCGCGCGGACGGUAGGGCGAGUGUAUGGAAGCGCCCCCCCUCUUCUCAC